AUGGCUGAUUUGGAAAAGAAGGAGGCCGUACCGAGCCACGAAAGCGUCUUGACACCACCUUCGCCAUCAUCAGAACCGUCAGACAAGGAACAAGCCGUUGACACUCAGGUUCUCAAUGAGGCUCAAGAUGCUGAUCCGCCACGAACUAUUCACGGUGUCAAGUGGUUCCUCGUAAUUUGCGCCCUUCUCUCAGCUUUGUUCCUCUACGCCUUAGACAACACUGUUGUCGCUAAUGUCCAAGCAAAAGUCGUCCAGACAUACCACCGCGUCGAUCUCGUUCCAUGGCUUGGUGUUUCUUUUGCAUUGGCUUCAGCGGCCACGACUCUUCCCUGGUCGAAAGCAUACGGAACCUUCUCGGCUAAGAAGUUAUAUCUUGGGUCUACGACUGUGUUCAUGGCCGCCUCCGCUCUCUGCGGUGCCGCUCCCGACAUCAACUCCUUCAUUGUUGGUCGCGCAAUCGCGGGUGCUGGUGGUUGCGGAAUGUACAUGGGACUCCUCACACUGUUGUCAGUGACUACCACUAAUGUUGAACGUCCCAAAUAUCUGAGUCUUACCGGAUUCAUCUGGGGCAUUGGUACUGUUCUCGGUCCCGUGGUCGGAGGUGCCAUCAGCGAGAGCAAAGCCACUUGGCGUUGGGCUUUCUAUCUGAACCUUCUGGUCGGUGCUGUCGUGGGACCAAUCUACAUCAUCCUACUUCCAGACUUCAAACCGCAAGCUGGCGUGCCUCUCGCUCAACGAUUGGCGCAAAUUGAUUACGUUGGUACCGUUCUAUCCAUUGGCGCUAUGCUCUGCGUUAUCAUGGCCAUGAACUUUGGCGGGGUUCUUUGGGGUUGGAACGAGGGCGAAAGCAUUGGUUUGUUUGUGGCAGCGGGCGUUUUGACUAUUCUCUUCGUCUUGCAGCAAGUCUACUUCAUUGGCACAUCGCGAGAGAAUCGUCUAUUUCCCAUGCACUUCUGGAAGAGCCGAACCAUGAUUUGCCUUUUCUUCACAAUGAUGCUUGCGACUUUCGGAAGCUUCAUUGGCAUCUUCUACCUGCCGCUGUAUUAUCAGUUUACCCGUGGAAUCUCGGCAGUUGAGACAUCCGUUCAUCUCUUACCUUUCAUCCUGUUUCUGGUAGCCUUCAACCUACUCAAUGGGCAAUUUAUGGGACGUACUGGAUACUACUACCCAUGGUACAUCGCCGGUUCCGCUCUCGAACUUAUCGGCGGCGUUCUUCUCUACAUCGUUGAUGAACACACCUCAAAUGCUAAGAUUUACGGAUACACCAUCAUCCUAGGCACAGGCGUCGGCUGUUUCUGCCAAGCUGGGUUCGCCGUUGCCCAGAUGAAGGUUCAACCGAACGAGAUCCCUUACAGUGUUGGGUUCAUGACUGUUGGUCAGAUGAUCGGCAUCGUCCUCGGCACGGGCAUGUCAGGAGCGCUUUUUGUCAACUAUGGCCAACGUGCACUGGCGCAAGUGUUCCCUGAUGUCUCUGCCGACGUGAUCUCCGACGCCCUCGCAGGCGUGGGUAGCGGCUUGAUCGACUCGGCCUCACCCGAAGUGAGAGCUCAGGCAAUCCAUGGCAUCACUCGAGCAAUUCAACUGGCUUAUGUGCCAAUCAUUGCUGCUGGAGCAAUUUGCUUGGUGUGCAGUAUUUUCAUGCGCAGGGAGAAGGUCUUCUGA